AAAUAUAACGAUACGAAGUUGUUCCUGUAGAGGUCGCUGGGAGAAAUGAAAGUGGCGGACGACGAUCAAUUAUAGUAUUUUUUUUGAUUUGUGUAAAAUGUGUAUUAUGCUCGAGUAUUAUCGCACGAGAUAGAAGUUUUUAUAUAAAUAUACAUUCGUCGCUGGCAAAGCAGCAAAUAAAACUCUUUGUAUAGCUGAUAUUUUCUCAUGGCAACGAUACCAAGUGUUCCAUUGCCUUUAGAUCCAAGUCCACCUCAAGAAGCUGAUGAUAAAAGAUUGUGGAUUGGAAAUUUGGAUAGUAGAUUAACAGAAUAUCAUCUUAUUAAAAUAUUACAAAAAUUUGGUACUGUUAAGAAAUUUGAUUUUCUUUUUCACAAAUCUGGUCCUUUGAAAGGACAGCCAAGAGGGUAUUGUUUUGUUACAUAUCAGACUAGAAGUGAAGCAGAAAAGGCACUGGCUUCUUUAAAUGGGAAGAUUGUUUUGUCAAAAAGUUUAUCAGUGAAAUGGGCCAAUUCAGUUCCUGCUGAAGAUUGUUUUAUAAAGAAACCUCAACUUGUGCUUCCUGGAAUGAAUUUGCAACAAGAAAGAUCAAAUAAAAGUAUUAAAAGCCAAAUUAAUGCUAUUGAAGCUAAACUAAGAUCAAUGGAACAUGAAAGAGAAAUGGAACUGGAGAGAUGUCUUGCAGUAACAGCAACAAAAUCUAUAGGAAAUAAAUUAUCUAAAAGCAACAAAUUAUCUAGAAACAGACCAUAUCCAGAAGGAAAAGGUUUAAAAAAUAGAUGAAUCAUCUAUAUAUCAAUAUUUAUUUAAAAAACUGUAAUAUUGACAAAUGAAUUAUGUGAGAUUUUUCCAAUGGAAAAAGUCAAAGAAUAUGCCCCUCAAAUUGCUGUUCUUGAUAACCUAAUUAUAUUUCAACAUAUUAAGAGACUAUGUUAGUUUUAAAAUGCUUAAUAUAAUUAGUAUUGUUUUAAAUGUUUAUUGUAAAACUGUAACCAUAUUGUACAGUUUUAUGUGUAUUUUAACAUUUUGUAAAAAAAAAUUUAUUUACUAGUUUAUUUUAGUGAAUAGUUCUGUCACAAAUAAAUGUUUGUUUUUUUAUA